AUUUCGGAAGUGCGAGGAGGAUGUGCUGACAACGGCGCUUUCACGUUUGUCAAACCAUCAUCUACCUUGAAGAAAUGCUCUGCAGCUCGUGAAAAUGGUCUGAGGCCCGUCCAGAAAACAGCACCAUCAGCACCCUCUGAUGUCAUUCUGCUGGACCGGUGUUUCUGGUCAGCAUCCAGCGCCUUUCUCAACUUCUUCGCCUUUCCACUUGUAUCUACACUAGCUCAUCAACGCUGAUUGAACGGAGUGGUCGGAAACACGAUUGUGGCAACCAUCGACAAUCAAGCAUUUCGUCUCACCUGACACAUCGACGGUAGUCUCCACGCUAAUGAGCUAAUCACGAUAUUCUCACGGAAAAAAAUCACGCCCUACACGACCUCUGGGAGCCUCGCUUGUGAGCCUUGCAGAUGAUCUAUUUGCCCAAGGAUUCAUGGACCAAUACUCUUUGCAGGUCUCUGCACAUCACCAACGCCUAAAUGCUGAGCUGGGGAGCUUGCCAAAAAGGAAGUCAAGCCUAUCAUCGUGGAUGAUGCACACUUUUUCCAGCAGGGUGACUGGUGAUCAAUGGCGGAAUCAUGGUCCUGUCCGAGGCUUCACCGGCUUGCCAGCAGCAUACUAGGAGGCGUUCUCGUACUUCCGGAUCUGCCGGCGAGUCUUGUCAAAGUCACAAGGCUCCACCUGGCUCUACUAUACGUUCGCACUAAAGCUGGGGAGGACAUGAUCAUGAUAUUGGCUCUGGUGAGUCUGAUCAAGGUAAGAUUAGUCAUGUUUGCUUCACUGAUGCAAGACCUGCAUGAAGCAGAAUUUCGUCUGCAAGCUGGGUAAACAUCUUGUGACGCAGUCUUUCUCGCAUCCGGCCCGUCCGUCCUCAUGUCGACACACUAGGGGUCGGUACUCCCUAUAAGAAUCUCGAGCUUUCCGUCCUUCAAACCUCGGAAGGCAUCAAUCUCCAGCUCCAAUUCCAGGCGUCUUGUCCGAGCCAGACGAAACCUAGAUCAUUCCAAUCACUUUUCCCCGUAAUUCCAUUGCUAGACAGGCACAAUGGGUAACCACGCGCUCCAAACCAACCCCUUCGUGGUGAACGGCAAGACCGUCGAUAUCCACAUCACAACUCGAGGCUCAGACUGGAUCUUCGCCCUCAUGGCAAUCACGGGCACUGUCUUCCUCUGCAUCCUCGGCGCCAGCUUCAUGAAGCCCGUCAAGAACCGAUUCUUCUUCUACACUCUGGCCAUUCCCGCCUUCGUCGCAAUGGUCGUCAACUUCUCUAUUGCUUCCAAUCUUGGCUGGACUCCAAUCGACGUUGAAUGGCGCCGCACCGAUGACGAAGUUGCCGGCAUCAACCGUCAAAUCUGGUAUGUGCGCUACAUCGGCUGGUUCCUGAUUUGGCCAAUACUCACCGUGGCCAUUCUUUUGACCUCUGUUGUCCCGACCCUAUACAUUCUGUGGACUUGCUUCCUCACUGCCUCGAUGGCUGUCCUCGCAACCGUUGGUGCUCUGGUUCGCUCAGACUAUAAGUGGGCCUACUAUGUGUUCUGGCUCUUCGCCUGGCUCCUGGUCGGCUACCACCUGAUCUGGCUUCCCCGCAAGUACGCCAAUACUCUCGGCUUGGACGUCUUCCGCAUCCACAAUGUCUCCUCCGGUCUCCUCUGGGCCCUCUUCGGCUUGUAUCCUAUCUGUUGGGGUGUUUCUGAAGGGGGCAACGUCAUCCCUCCCGACUCCGAACUCAUCUACUACGGUGUCCUCGACUUCGUGCUGAUCCCUGUCCUGUCCGGCUACUUCCUCUGGGCACACUGGAACAUCGAUCCCGCCCGCCUCGGUCUCACUAUGCGAACCUACGAGGACCCUCUGCCAGGCACCUUGGUCCAGCACGAGAAGCAGACAGGCCCUGCUCCCGCGGCUGGCGUUACCAACGGCGCUCCCGCUGCUGCUCCAGUGACCGAGCCGGCUACUGUUUAAGCGUCGCGACCGAGCUUACCAAGAGCGCGUCUAAGGACUUGUGCAUACGGUUGCGACAAGAUGCGACACGACAAGAUCUAUGCCAAGUCGAACAUGAUACCCCAGGAAAAAUUCGAAGGACCUAAUAUGGAGAGUUGGGCUGCUUUUACACGUAGCCAACAAAGAUGAAAGUGCGUACGGUGGAUGUGGAAGGAUUUCCUUGCUCAAUUUGAUCUGAGAUACCCACUCGUUUAGACGGAUAUACCCAUGUACCUUAAUAGUAAUAUCAUCAAUAAGUACCAAUGAAUAUCAA